ACUUUUCACUCAUGGAGAAAACGUUUUUAAACAUUGUAAAACGUUACACAAGACUUCACUCCUAAAUGUUCAAUAAUGUUUGCUUUUAGACAUUUAUGUGCCAAUCUUUGACCUGUCAAUCACACAGUUUGACAAGACUAGCAGGUUUGUUCACCCAUGUAAACAUCGGAAAGGCUCAAGAUCUCCAAAAUGGUGUUGUUUUGAAUACAGCAGACCACACAUGACCUCUUGACCCGGUUGCCAGGGAGUGAGCAGGACCAUGGCGACAGCUGGGGAGGGCCAGCUCCAGAGGAUUAUCAGAGAUCUGCAUGAUGUUGUGGCAGAACUCACCAAAGAGUACAAAGAGAAUGGAGAGCCAAUCACAGACGACAGCACUAACCUGCAAAAGUUCUCCAACAAGCUAGAGUACCUGCUACAGUUUGACCAGAAGGAGAAGACCACGUUUCUGGGCACAAGGAAAGAUUACUGGGACUACUUUAGCGACUGUCUGGCCAAAAUCAAAGGAGCCAAUGAUGGCAUUCGCUUUGUCAAAUCCAUUCCUGAGCUAAAGACGUCGCUGGGAAAAGGUCGAGCAUUUAUCCGCUACUCUCUGGUCCACCAACGGUUAGCUGACACCCUUCAGCAGUGCCUCAUGAACAAAAAGGCCACCAGUGACUGGUAUUAUUCCCGAAGUCCCUUUCUGAAGCCUCAUCUCAGUGUGGACAUUGUUAACUCUCUCUACGAGCUCAAUGAAGUCCAGUUUGAUGUGGCGUCCCGGGGGCACGACCUUGAUUCAGCUUGGCCCACGUUUGCAAGGCGGACUCUGGGUAUGACCAACUCUCCGAGCCACAUGUGGAAAGCACCGAGCCGCAGCUCCAGCAUUAACAGCCUGGCCAGCUCAUACUCACAGGCCCCGGAGUUUCUCUGCAGUCCAGAGUUUGGACAUAGCUUGCUGAGUGAAUCUGCAGAGCCGUUGUCUGAUUCUGCCAUCACCACCAUGGACGAGCUUCGUCUGGAGCUGGAUCAGUCAGAGCUGAAACAACAUGAGCUCGUGGAGCAUGUUCAACAGCUUGGCAGCGAGGCCACAGAGCUCCGUGAAGUGGUGGCUGAACUGCAGAGGCAGCUGGACAUUUCAUUAGCAGCUCAGUCUAACCACCAGGAGCUUCAGCUCAAGCUGGAGGUAUUGGCUGAGAGGGAACAGACUCUAGCCCAAGAUCUGGAGAUCCUGAGGGGACGUGAGGCUGUUAAAGAGGCAGCAAAUCAGGAAAUUCAGGGCAAGUUAGCUGCUGCGGAAAAAAAGAAUGAGGAGCUAAUGGCUAAACUAGAUGGCAUGCUUGAGGAGAAAGGGCAGAGGACAGCCAGCCAAUUUGAUUCAGCCCAAAAGAUACAUGAACUCCUGGAUGGACUGAAGGAAGCAGAGAAAGGCAGGAUAGAAGCUCUAGCACAUGGUGAAGAGAAAAGGAUGCAGGCUGAACAUCUGGCUGAGGAGCUCAGAAUGAAAGAGCAAGCUCUGAGAGAUGUAGAAGUUAAAAUGGCUGCUUUAACAGAGAAGGGUACAAAGCUGAUGAAGCAGGCAGAAGAACAACGUAAUGCCAUGGAUAAACUCCAGGAGGAGCUGUCAGUGAGAGAGAAGGAAGCAAGCAGUCUUCAGAAAGACCUACAAGACCUUCAGCACUGUCUGGAGACGAUGGAGCAACAGGCUGCGGAAGAGAGGAAAAGGGCAUUGGAGGAGAGAGAGGUGCUGCAGAAAAAGUUGAGCUCUUUAAAAGAAAGCCUAGAAGGACAAGUACAAAACCUAAAGGCACAACUCAGGAGUAAAGAAACUGAACUUAUCUCCAGUGUGAAGCAGAUCCAGAACCUAGGGGCCGAAGCUGAGAAGAUAGCAGGCGAGAAACAGUGUCUGAGUGGGAGUAUAGUAGAACUGGAGACACGCAUCAAAGAUCAGACCAAGAAGAUUGACGAAUACAAGCAAGAGUGCACCAAUCUCACAGAGCUGAACAACAAGCUCCUUCAGACAGUCAGUAACAACGAGGAGAUCAUGAAGGAGCUGAAGAAAAGCAAGGCUGUGUUAGAAAAUGAUCUGGCUGGGCUGAGGGCCUCUGAAAAACAGCUCAGAGGUCAACUUGAUGACGCUAAAGUGACAGUGGAUGAGAGGGAACAGCGGAUGCGUGAGGAGAACCGCAACCUGGAUGAGAAGCUCCAAAAAGCAAUCAUGCAGAUCAAGGAGUUGGAAAGCAUUGUCCACAGGUUGGAGCAGGAGAAAAAAGAUCUCAGGGAGGAGUGCAUAAAGAGUAAAGAUGCUCUCACAGCUGCACAGGGAGAACUACAUAAAUUCACUGACCAGAUCAGGGAUCUAGAGAGUAGCCUAGAGGUGGCAAGAUGUAACGAGGUAAAUCUCACCUUGCAGCUAAAGGAAGAACACUCACAGCUGGAGGAUCGAGAGAGGCUUUGUGAGGAGCUUCAGGAAAGACUUGAUGAACUAGAGGCCGUGGAGGGAGAACUGGAGGCAGGGAAGGCAGAGGCAGAGCGAGCCUUGGAGAAGCAGAAGGAGAUGAUGGAAAGGUUGGAAGUCCAGAAGAAAGCGGUGGAAGAAUCUCAGCUGGAGAUGAGUGCCUGCCGUGCAAAGGAAGUCCAGGGUAUGACCUUGAAAGUAGCACUACUAGAGGAGCAGCUAGGCCUGAAUGUGAAAGAAGUGUCCAGGCUUCAGGAGGAAAUGGUGGGCUUGAAGGCCAGACUGCUCUGUUCUGAGGAGGAGAAAGUAAAGAUCCAGACUAAGCUGGAAAUCACAGAGGCAUCUAGGAUAGAGCUGCAGACUUUGACAGAACAACUUAAAAAGCAAGCUGAGGAGCAGAACCGAAAUCACGUCAAUGAACUUUUACAGUCCAAGCAGAGCAUGGAGGAGAUAUUAUCUGAGCUAGGUGCAGAAAGAUCUGCGCUUGCUAAAAUAUCAGCUGACUUCGCAGCAGCUCAAGAGGACCUGGCUGUAAUAAAGAUCCAAAAUGAACGACUGGUCAUGGAGAACGCCGAGACCAGAGAGGGACUCCACAGGGCUAACACAGAGAUGGCCGAGCUGGGAAUGACCAUCUGCAAGCUGACAGCUGAACGGGAGGAAGCUCAAGAGCGCUGGGCAGCUGAGAGCACCCGGAUCCAUGAGCUGGAGGAGCAGGGUGAGCGUGAAACGGAUCGUCUGAAUGCCAGCAUCGCGGCACUACGGCAGGAGAAUGCCAGUUUGCGAGAGGAGCUCCUGCAAACGGAGAAGCUUCCAGAAACAGUGCUGGAGCUGAAGGGGAUGCUGGAUAAAUCUGAGAGGGAGAGAGAAGUGGCACGUGAGGAGACGGCAGCCAUGAGGUUUCAGAUGAGUACAGAGAAUAUGGCGCACCAAAACCAUGUGAAGAGCUUAAAUGAAGAGCUUGAGAGUUUAAAAGCGCAGCUGAAGUCUGAAAGCGAGAAGGCAUCCAGCCUGGAGGUCAAAGUCUCAGAGUUAGAGGAGAUGAAUUCGGAGUGCUCUCGACUGAUGGGGGAGAAAGAUUCGCACAUCAACAAGGCCGAGAGCCAGAUUCGCUGUGGAGAGGAUGAAAUACAGCAGCUGAAGGAGAGAGUGACAUGUGUGCAGGAGGCUCUGGCACUAGCAGAGACAGAGCGAGACAAGCUGAAGGAGAAGAUGGAGAAGUUUCAGUCUCACGCUCAAGCCGAGCAAAUCAAAAUGGCUGCUGAGAUCGAAGACCUCAGCCACAUCAAGACCACGCUGGAGGAGCGGCUCAUCGAGCUCAUCAGAGAGAAGGACGCUCUGUGGCAGAAGUCUGAUGCUCUGGAGUUUGAGCAGAAGCAGAGGGCGGAGGAACAGUGGUGGUUAGUGGACCAAGAGGCUACACACUGUCUGAGCUGCAAGAGCCAGUUCACAUGGUGGCUCCGUAAGCAUCACUGCAGGUUGUGUGGGCGGAUCUUCUGCUACUAUUGCAGUAAUAACUUUGUGAGUACGAGGUCUGGGGGGAAAAAGGAACGCUGCUGCAGGGAGUGUUACACACAGCACAGUGCCGUGGUGGAGAGAUUCACCCGCUCUGAAAUGAGCAGCCCCGCCGACACACCUGCAGUACACACACACACGGCCAGCGCACCAACAACUCCACCUGCACCCCCGUACAUACCUACACCCAGAGUUACAGUGACCGAUCCGAAUGUAAAGCAGGACGAUGGAGUGUUCGACAUCAUCACUGACGAGGAGGUAAAUGGACUGUACGACAGCGACACUCUCUCACAAACCACCGCAGAGUCACAGGAUGGAGAAGCAGGGAGCCGGGCCCCCCAGGACCCAGGUGUUUCUGGUGAUGCAGUGGUUGCUGAGGAACAGGAGGAAAUGCCCCCAACUGUACAAGAUGCCGAAAUCCAUCUACUCAAAUCAGGAGAACUUGCCUCCUCAGUCGUGCUGGACAUCACCGAGAUCCCGCAGUUCGGCGACGCCUCUCGCGAGCUCUUCGUCAAGUCCAGUUGCUACAGCAUCGUCUCCGUCACUGUACACGAGCACGGCCAUGCUGUCGGCUGGGUUUUCUCCUCCGAGCCAAAGAGCAUCUGCUUUAGUGUUGUCUAUAGAGAAUCCGUGAACACACCUGAGGAGCAGGCCAAGGUUCUGAUCCCCCUGACUCGGUGUAACUCACACAAGGAGACCAUUCAGGGCCAGCUUAAAGCCAGAAACCCUGGAGUCUACACACUCAUUUUUGACAACUCCUACUCCAGGUUCAUCUCCAAGAAAGUCAGCUACCACUUGACCACUGAGAAGCCCGUCAUCUACGAUGGAAGUGACUGCCCGUAGACACACGGUGGAUUUUUUCAGAUGUCUUUUGUUCAUGUUGUUAUGUUUAAUGAUUUUAUCCUGAUGCAUACAAGUUUUUUGGGUUCCAUAUGGUUUUAAAAUAGCACUAAUAGAACGAGACGAAGGGUUCUCAAGCACUCUGAGGUUUUCACACUUCUGCAUUAAGGCCAUGUUUGUUAUUGAUGUGGUUUCCUGGCCAUUAAUAAUGUCUUUCUUGCUUUAAAUUUUUAAUCAUGGCACUUUUUAAAUAGCAUAUAAUAUUAGCCGUAAAAGCCACACUGCACACUACAUCAUCAAUUUGCUGCUAAUGGGAAUAUAUAUAUAUAUAUUUCCAGAUCAUUUUAGCACGACCUUUCAUACAUAAAAUCUCAAGCAUACACUAGAUUUUAUCAUUUAAGUGUCUUUUUAAACUCCAGCUCUAAAAGCACUUCCAAGCAAAAUGAGAAAGUCGCUGGGGUCAAGCAGAGACGUUGCACUUUACCAAAGCUAGAACACUCUCACAGUCAAGGAGGUUUUUAAUAAAUUGUAUCUAAGUUCGACACUAAAGGCGCUAAUCAAGUACGCUGUUAAAAAAAAAAACCCAGGUGCUGUGAGGUUAUUACAGCCUCGACGACCAAAGACAAGUCAGGAUUAUUUAGCAAAAAAAACAGUCUAUGCACACUCUACUUUCUGGACACAAAGCGUGUGGUGGCAUGGGAAAACCCUUCACAUGCAGAAAUUUUCACAUGUUCCUUCGCAUGUAUCUCAAGCAGAAGUAAAGUUCUAGCGUUUUAAAGAACAUUGGUAGAACAUUUUUAUUCAGACUGCGGCGCAAGGAGCAUCCAGACAUUUUGACAGCCGAAGUCUGAUUACAACUUGAUCAAAGCGUGACAUUUACUGCGUGACAAAAUCACACUUAUUCCGCAUUCGAUGUACCUCCAAGGUGAGUACAUCGAACAAGCUAGCCAGCUACCCGUUAUGAGUGAUGUAUAUUUUCCUCCUCAAUACAGCGAACUGUAUAAUGUUAUAGAUUUAACAAAUAUGUCUGUCUGUUGAUGUAUCUAAAGCAAAUGCUAGUAUAUACAGUAUAACUCAUUUAAACAUAAGAAGUGCUACUUCAUUUAUUGUUGAUGCUGUGAGCAGCCAUGUUGAUUUGACGUCACUUGCUGAACUCGGAAUUGAGGAGACCGUCCCUAGUUCCCGAGAAGUAAUUCCCGAGUUCAGGAAGCAUUUUGUUUGGUUGUUCCUAGUUUUGAUUUGUGGAAAUUACAGGUUCCAACCUUUAUUGGACUGCAAUUGUUUAACUGUCUACUUAAGUAACAUCAUAAUAUUUCAGCAGGAAGAUAGCCUAAGCACGACAAAAACAUAAAUAAAAACAUUUCAGUGUCAUUUUGGUGAAAUAUUUUAUAUUUAGAAUUUCUUAGUGUCACAGGCAAAAAAAAAAUUAUAAUAAUAAUCUGGUGUCCAGAUUUCAGACACCAUGACAUUGGAUGGGUUUUUCCACACCACCACACGUUAUAGUUUUUGAAGUAGCUUUAUGUCAGCUUUUUCCAUGUAAAUGAAAUGAUACAAACACAAAUGCUAAAAUCAGCCAAAGUGCCUUAUACUAUGUAUUGGAAAAGAAACUAACCUCAAACACCCCAAAGUCAUACAUUAAGGUGCGUAACGUCUUUCUGUCUCUGUUUUUAUCUGAAUUUGACUAGAUUUAGUCACUGAAAUUAAAAUCUGUUCAAAGCUAUGCAAGAUCACAACUGUAAAGAAAUGUUUAUUAUUUAAGAGUGAUUUACUUUUGUACGUGAAAAACACAUGAAACACAGGGAGUAAUUUCAAAUUCACUGAAUUUUCUGAAUAGCUUUUUAAAAAAAUAUAUCUUUUUUAAAACUUGUCUGUUGUCUGUGGAAAACCUUAAACAGAGGGUUUCCUGUUUUUCAAAAGUGUUUUAGCUAGAAAUGUUCACCAUCCAAAGAACCCUUAAGGAACCCUUGAAUGUAGAAAGCAAUCUUCUUCCCUUUGACCACAGUCGAUUGUGAUUUUAUUGAUUGUGGUUAUCAGUGUACACAAAUAUAUCAUCAAGCCAAUAAUGUAAUUUACAUUUAAAAAACAAACACAAAGCAUCUGUUGGAGAGGACAACCUUUAUGCUAAUGAAACAGAAUGAAAUGGCUUCCCUCCUCAUAAUCAUCCUUUGCUUAGAUGAGAAAGUACGUUUUAGCACUGUUGACAUUUACGGUGUUUCCCACGUCUGCUGACUUGUUCAUUUUAUCUUAUGUGCUAUUUGGACAGCGUCAGGUUCACCCUACGCUCCCCUCUAUGUGUUACAAGUUGACUAGUUUAUCUAGUUGUCAAUUAUAGAAAGCACAGGAAGCAGAAAAGUUGCCAUUUUUCUUUGUUUUUAUGCAGUAAUAAAGCCGAACUGACUGCAGCUACUUUCAGCUACGUAUAUUCAUGUAAUGUCGAACUGUGUUUUGUUUUUGGACACCACUGCAGGCAAUUCUACACAUUUUUGCUGGUGUGUUGCAUUUUAUUAAACAAAAAGGAUUUUCAGAUAUAUAUAUUUUAGACAGAUGUUUUAUAAGAGUGUUCUGUCCUGGCUGUGUUCUAUGAAAUGAAUGCAUGUUCAUGAUCAUUUAGGAAACUAUGCAAACCCUCUGGAGCGGUCACAAGUCGCUGAUACGAUGUGAUGUACAUUUUAAAUGAGGUAAUAAAGUUUUAUUCGGUGCU